AUGCCCCACGUCGCUCCCUGGACACCUAGCAGCGACGGCACCUUUACAAGGCCUCUAUUCGGCCUCGAUGACUUGCAGAUCGCAUGGAACGGGGCGGCCCUGCGCAACGUCGUCCUUGCGCGCCCCGAUGUGGCCACGGAGGUUGUCGAGCUCGAUAAGAAGCUCCAUCUCAAAGUGCGCCCCUUUGUCGACGAAGAGGCCUUGACCCAGUGGCUUGCAAAGGUCUACGAGGUCGUUGAUAUUGGCAAUCAAGAAGCACAAGACGCAUUUGAAAAGGCCAGGGUCGGCCUUACGACAGGUGCCGACCAGCUCCUGUCACCCGUUGCAGGCAGGUACGAUCACCUCGUGCGGGUCACUCUCCUACAUGGAUCGAAUCAACAGCAUGUCGUCAUCGUGCGCGCCUGGCACGUCCUAAUGGACGGGACAGUCAUCUGCGAGUUCAUAAACGACAUCCUUGCCAACUUGAACAGGCCCCCCGCGGACUUUGAAGAAGCCAAAGUGGAAGUGGCCGAUCGCCUCAGCCCCCACGCUCUCGACUGUGUUCCGGGUCUGGCAGCGAGGUACAACACAGCGGAGCCUGAUGCCAAGGCAUGGCAGACCUACCUGGGUAGCAGCAAGUCCGCAGGCUUCCCAGUGGCAUCAAGUCUAGCUGGCCAGCUGGCGCCAUGGCCAAAGGAUUCAGCCACCUCUCGUUAUCAUCUGCAGUUUGACGAGCAAGCCACAGCCGACUUUAUUGCAGCCGCCAAAGCUCACGAAAUCAGCGUAUCGACUGCCCUGUCUGCCGCUCAGAUCAUUGCUUCGCUUCGCAUGAGCAGGGCCGAGGUUAGCGGAAAAAGCCCCGUCGAGACAGUCGCACAGCUCAACGUCGCAAGCCUACGGCCAUUCAUGACGGGUCCCAAGCGCAACACCAUGGCUUCUGGUGCCGAAGGAGUCAUCACCGCCGCCGACUCCUCGGCAUGGGACGCCGCACUUAGAGCGGGCAAGCCUCUGGACGAGGCGGAGAACAAUGCUUUCUGGGCCAUUGCUCAGCAGGUGGACGCGUCAACUCGUCGAGCAAAAGAGGAUCCUUGCGAGACGGCAAGCGCGGCUGCGCACGCGUUUUGGACAAAGUUUAAUGCUGCCGCCGACGCAAUGGCCAAAGGCAAGAUGGCCAAUCCACGCACCAAGGGGCUGGGCCUCUCUCAGAUGGGGCUCAUGGACCAGGAGGGGGGCUUGUUCUCGAGGCAGUACGAGGCAGCGACCCUCGUUGACGUCAACAUUAGCGUUCGCAGCGCCGGUCUGAUGGUCGGGCCUCACACGUGGACAUUCAGAGGAAAGCUCAACCUCCAGUUGACAUACAUGGCACCCAUGUAUGAGAGCGAAGCCCCAGCGAAGCUGCAGAAGCUGAUGGGGGAUGUUGUGGCCAGGAUGUCCGGUCACCCCGGUAGCUACAAAGUGCUACAUGAUGUCAAAAUUGCAUAA